CCAAAAGAGCAUAAAAUUGUCAGGUUUUACCGGGUGAAAAUACAAAAAUUACUGUAAGCCCACGAAAAUACAAUUUUUCCUGCUCGUUCAUCUAAUUAUCUUACUCCAACCAAUUUCGACGGCCUCUCCAUCGAUUCUCUCCUCGUCAAACAACGGCAGUCCUGAUUUCCCCUUCCCUGCCAGCAUUUUAGCAUAGAAAGAAGCCGGCGGUGGAGACCCCCGACAAAAGCCCAAGCUAAGGAGGAGGAAUGGCGAGAAGUCCCGUUCUGGGGAGAGAACGAAUAUAAGCUUUACCUCUCCAAGAUCCCCAAUCACUUCGCCAUCCAUGUUGUACCCCUCAAUCUGCCACAAUUCUCUUUCAUCCUCGCAAUGGUUACCUCUCCCCAGCCUCCUUCACCCGGCGACAUUCUCAUCGUCGGCAACUACUGCCACGACCUCUUGAUUCAGGACUCCGUCGUUAAGGCCGAAUCCCUCGGCGGCGCCGCUUCCUUCAUAUCCAAUGUCUUCAACGAAAUAUCAAUCCCUUGCAUGUUGGUCUCCAAGGUCGGCGAUGAUUUCCAGUACCCGGUUAAUCACCCUCCCAUCGUGUCCCCGGGCGCAAGAACCACCGUCUUCCACGCCUACUUUGAUUCGGGUUCGUCCGGUAAAGGGCGCCCCGACCGGGUGUUGAAAAGGGUUUGUUCGUGCGACCCGAUUCUCCCGGCGGAUCUUCCCGAGGCGAAGUUCGCGUUUGGCAUGGCGGUUGGGGUUGGCGGGGAGGUUUUGCCGGAGACGCUGGAGAGGAUGAUCCAGAUCUGCGAUCUGGUGUUCGUCGAUGUUCAGGCGUUGAUCAGGGAUUUCGAUGAGGUGGAUGGAACGGUGAAGCUUGUGAAGCUGCGGGAGACGGGGUUCUUUCGGCUGCUGCCGCGGAUUGGGGUUCUGAAGGUUUCAUCGGAGGAGGCCCUGUUCUUGGACCUGGAGGAGGUGAGGAAAUUGUGUUGCGUGGUGGUGACGAAUGGGAAAGAUGGGUGUACUGUGUAUUCGAAAGAUGGGAAUACCAAGAUUUCGCCAUUCCUGGUUAGCCAGAAAGACCCGACGGGUGCAGGGGAUAGCUAUUUGGGUGGAUUUGUGGCCGGCUUGGUUCAUGGCUUGGCCGUUCCUGAUGCCGCCUUGCUGGGGAACUUCUUUGGUGCACUUACUGUUCAGCAAAUUGGAUUGCCACGGUUCUCCGCCAGGGUAAUGCAGAGAGUGAGAGAAGAGGUGCAGAAAAGGAAGAUGCAGCUCCAAGAAGGCAGUGCCAAUAGGCUGAAUUUCUUUAGACCGGUCGGACACGAACAGUUCGAGGCAUCCCUUUGCGCAUCAAGAACAGUCCUUCAAUGCUCAGUUCAAGAAUGUCACUGGCAUCCUCCAAGUUCCUAUGCAGCGAUGGAGCAAGACAUCCAACUUCUCAAAUGCACAGGCGCAGCACAGUCUGUCGAAACUAUGUACGAGCAAGUCUCAACUUCUGACUCAACAUCCGGCGGUUGAUGGCAUUUCUCUACCUUUCUAUUGUACUUCUCCUGUUUUCUGGGGUUUUCUUCAUGGAAGCAGCCUGGCUUUCUGUUUGUUACACAUAAAAGCUGUUGUCGUCUCUUGUAGAUUGGAAAAGACGGUUUGCAGCCUGUUAGUUAACGUUCUAUGAAAUUAAAAGGUAGAACUGACCCUUAUUUAAAUAAUGAAAGUUGACCGCCAAUGUCGAUGGAUUAGGGGUAGGAUAAUAUGCGUACCCUUAAAAGGGUUUGUUUUUUGACACCCCUUUCUCAAUUGGUCAAUUUUUUCAUUAAUCAUUCACAAGUAUUAAUGAAGAUAGACAUAAUAAAUGCUCUAUUAUUUAAUACAAAGUAAGCAUUAAACACACCACAUUAAUUAUUUAUUUUUAAAAAAAAUCUAAACAUAUACAAAAUACAAUUCUCUCUCUCAUCUUUGAUCUUUCUCUCUCCUAUCUCUGAUUCUUCCUUUCCCAGCAACCUUCAACCACCAAGUUUCCUCCGACAACCACACUUUGCCGGUAAAAUCCCGUCUGCAGACUCUCUCCGGUCACCUGCGAAAAUAUACCAUUGCACUGAUAUCUUGUACUGGUAUUUGUACCACUGCACUGAUACUCAGAUAUGACAUUGGUACUAGUGCACAGUGCACUGAUAUCGCUACCAGUGCAGUGGUAUAGCUACUAGUGCAGUGGUACAACGUAUUAGUGCAGUGGUAUAUUUUUUGCAGGUGGUCGGGGGGAGUCUGUCGAUGGGAUUUUCACCGGAGAAGUGUGGCGGUCGGAAAAAGUCUGGUGGUCAGAGGCUGCUGAAAAAGAAUAAAUUAGAAAUAGGGAGAGAGAAUGUAUUUAGUGUAGAUUUUAAUUUGAAAAAAAACAAAUAAUUAAUAUGGUGCAUUUAAUUCCUAAUGUGUAUUUAAUGCGUGUAUUAAAUUCUAUAGUUGUAUUUAAUACCUCAUGAGUGUCAUUUUUCCAACCCCUCAAGAAGUUAGCAUGCUAACCGACCCGAUUAAUUAGCUUUUUUCCUGCAAACAGGAAGAGGGUCCGGUCUCCGGUGGGCGGUAAGUCAAUGUUUCAUUCAUUCUAGUCUUCAUCGUCCACCGUCUCAUGGCCAUAUCCUAGAGUCAGAAUCAACCAAGCACCAAAACUUCUUGCUCUCUUACACAGAGCUACAUAAGCUCCCUUAGAGGAAGGGAGGUGGUUGCAGAAUCCCUGUAAAGAGUGUAUGCAUGGUAUCUGCUAGAACCCUAGUCGGGGUUUCGGGGCUCUAUUGUUAUGACCCUCAACGUUGAGGAUCAUUUAUCAUAAGAUAGUCGUCUCCUUAUUGAGCUAGACUCUAGUUUUCUCGAGAGAACACUUGCAACAUCUUCACUAUAUCAUCAAGAGUAUCCUCACACUCGAGACUCUCAAGUAACAGACACAAUCGUGAUUCUGAGUUCCCAAUCGUGUCAAAAUAAGUCCAUGCCUCGACAUAUCAAUCCCAUUCACAACUAACUCACUUAUAUACCAGUCAUUACAUUCUUGUUCACCCGAUAUAUCUAGUCUCCGUUACCUAGUUGGACAUCGGAUGGUCCCCUUAGUAAUCAACUUUUGGCGGGGAGUUUUGCAAGGAGCUAAGCCGCCUUGUACGAGAGCUAAUUUAAGAUAAUUCAUAAAAAUCUACUAAUAAAAAAUCUAAAACAUAAAUUAAAAGCAUAGGUACUUGCAAAACCCCCCUAAAUAGUAAAUAUAUCCAAGUUUAAUUAAUAUUUAAUAGUCUA